AAUGACGUUUCAGUCUUCUGCGGACCCCGGAAGUGCGGCUCGAACUUGGUCGGGGCGCGGAUCCCGAGAGGGAAAGUCAUAACAACCGCACGAGGGAGUUCCACUGGCGAGCUGGAAGGCCACGCCUCCUCCCGCCUCCCCCCGCAGCCCUGUAGCUGGGGGCAGAGCUCAGAUUUAUUAUCUAGGAUUGAUUUGGAUGAACUAAUGAAAAAAGAUGAACCACCUCUUGAUUUUCCGGAUACCUUGGAAGGAUUUGAAUAUGCUUUUAAUGAAAAGGGGCAGUUAAGACACAUAAAAACUGGGGAACCAUUUGUUUUUAACUACCGAGAAGACUUGCACAGAUGGAACCAGAAAAGAUAUGAAGCUCUAGGGGAGAUCAUCACGAAAUAUGUAUAUGAGCUCCUGGAAAAGGACUGUAAUUUGAAAAAAAUCUCUAUACCAGUAGAUGCCACUGAGAGUGAACCAAAGAGUUUUAUCUUUAUGAGUGAGGAUGCUUUGACAAAUCCACAGAAACUGAUGGUUUUAAUUCAUGGUAGUGGUGUUGUCAGGGCAGGUCAGUGGGCUAGAAGGCUUAUUAUAAAUGAAGAUCUGGACAGUGGCACACAGAUACCUUUUAUUAAGAGAGCUAUGGAUGAAGGAUAUGGAGUAAUAGUGCUGAAUCCCAAUGAAAACUAUAUUGAAGUAGAAAAGCCAAAGAUACAUGUACCGUCAUCUUCUGAUAGUUCAGAUGAACCAGCAGAAAAACGGGAAAGAAAAGAUAAAGUCUCUAAAGAAACAAAGAAGCGACGUGAUUUCUAUGAAAAGUAUCGUAACCCCCAAAGAGAAAAAGAAAUGAUGCAGCUCUAUAUCAGAGAAAAUGGUUCUCCUGAAGAACAUGCAGUCUAUGUUUGGGACCAUUUCAUAGCCCAGUCUGCAGCUGAGAAUGUGUUUUUUGUUGCUCACAGUUAUGGAGGACUUGCUUUUGUUGAACUGAUGAUUCAACGAGAAGCAGAUGUAAAAAGUAAGGUAACUGCUGUGGCGUUGACAGACUCUGUUCACAAUGUGUGGCAUCAAGAAGCAGGCAAAACGAUUCGAGAAUGGAUGAGAGAGAAUUGUUGUAAUUGGGUCUCUAGCUCAGAACCAUUAGACACAUCAGUGGAGUCCAUGCUGCCCGAUUGUCCUCGAGUCUCAGCAGUUCUUUAAAAAUGUUGAACAAGUGGUAUGACAUGAUCAAAAUGGGAUUUUGAAGAAGAUUAAUUUAAUAAAUGGAUAAAAGAAAGAAGCACGAACCUGGAGGCAGCAGACUUAGCCGGCCAUGACGAUAACGCUAGUAGAGGCAGAUGGGGUGAACUGGAUUGGUGGCAAUUGGAACAGACAGGAAAGGAGAGAGAUGACAAAUAUGACUCGGGAAGAAUCUGCACUCCCUGUUGGCAAAUAGAUUGCACAUGGAGGCUCAGUGAGAGGGAGAAGACAACAGUAAGCUAGAAUGAGAAGUAACUGGGAUAAUGAAAACAUUACCAAAAUAUAGAGUUGCUGGAGGAGGAAAUCACUUAAGGGCAAGAGAGGAUGAAACUAUUCUAUGGCCUACUUGAUUGAGGUGAUGGCACUUGAGGGACGGCAGGAAGUUCAAAUGGAAAUAACCAAAGCUUGUUGCUGUACCUUGGAAACACCUAAAAUUCUCCAAGCCCAAGUUAAUAAUGGAUAUCUAGACUCUGCAUUCAAUUUAGUGAAGUCUUUUUUUCCCUCAUCUUUCUAAUUUAUAAAGGUUUUCUUAAGCGAUAUUGUUUUUAUUGUUUGACUAAAGUCUGUGGUCAUCACAGUGAAAUUGCCUGUAAAAAUACAUACUCAUUUAAGACGGUAUUUUUCCUUCAUUGCUGAAUAUGUUUCCCUUUACAAAAAAAUAGAUCUGUUGUUCAUAGUAGAUUCAUUUUAUCACUGUUAUUUAUCUGUGAAUAUAUAUGUAUUUGAAAAACAGGUACAAUAAAAUUUUUAAGUUGUAUUUAACACAUCCAUGGUCAUUAUUAUCAGUACAGUCAUGUUGUUUUUAUUUUUCUUUUGAAAACAAACAUUACACUUGACAACUCCACACUUAGAAGUUGGCAGUGUUGUACCUUAUACUUAAAAUGAAGUCUGACUUUUCACUUAUCAUAUAGGGAAUGGUGAAUAUUUGAAGGGUCUUGAAUAUCUGUCAACAGACUAUUUGCCCCACCCCUAUUAGUGGUGUUUCCUACUAGUAAAAUCAGCCAGUUAAAAACACUGUUAUUCAAGAAAUUACAUAACAGGUUAGUAGGACCUAUGUUUAUCGUUUAUUGUAUAGCCCACAUUCUCGUUGUUUGUAUGUCUGUUAUGAAAUGGCAACAGCAAGUAUCCACCUCACUUAUCUUGUAGAAAUGUUGUAAGAAUAAUUUGUGUAGUAUCCGGAGGGACAUUUUGAGUUCAUCAGAAAGAAAGCCCUGUAAAAACCUAAUGUGGUACUGUAUAUUCUCAUUCGUCAUUUUAGAAUUUAAGGCUAUCAUUUUAAAACUAUUAUUAUUUUAAUCAUAUGGGAAUGAAAAAGCAUUUGCAGACAUAUUGUCCCUUCCUUUCCCAUCUCUAAUUCUAAUCUUAAACAACAAAUAACUUAGUUGUUCAUAUUUUCGUUUGUGCUCUGUGACCCUGAUAAGGGUCACAAAAUAUUUCACAGAAACCAGAGUCACAGAAAGAUAGAAAAUACAGGAUGAAAGCAACUGUGCUCCCUACGUGCCUCUCUGGGUGUGUGUGUUCAGUCGGCACACCUUCAUUCAGCAAACACUUACUGCAGUCUAGACGUUGUUCCAGGUGCCAAGGGGGUAGCAAUGAAUGACAACAAAUAAAGGUCCCUUACAGAGCUUGCAUUCUAGUAGGGGAGACAAAUAGUAAACAAGAUAAAUGAGGAAAACAUGUAGCAUGCUAGAUAGUGGCAAUUGGUAGGAGAAAUAUAAAGCAGGAAGAGAGGACUUGAAGUAUGUGGAGGUGGAGGCCAGAGAAGGCCUCACGGAGAAGAUGACAUUUCUGGGACAUUCCUUCUAGUCCUGCGCUCCAGCCACUUCCCACUGAUAAAGACAGUACUGGCCCAUCUGACUUUAGAGAUCCUUCCUAAAUUCCAGGCUACCUACUGAGCUCAAAAUUCUGUACCCUUAUUCCCUCCCAGCAUUCUCUUGUUCUGGGUCCUUGAAAACCUCAACUUCUCAUCAGAUCUAUUUUAUGAGUUCUCUAAGAUUUCUGGUAACCAUAAAGCAUAGGAAUGAGCAAGUUAUUAAGGUACUCCACUCUUCCUUGAGCUACACAUAUAGAAAAGUGUAACAUUUAUAUGGUGCCCUGGUUUUCACAGGCAAGGUUGCUUAUGUCCAGGGGUGAAGGGACAGAGCCACUUCCAGGAGACCUGCAGGGUAAAAGGAUCAGUAUUUUGACACACCUGUGGUCACUCUGCACCAGGUUCACAAGGAUGGCAGGCUCUGCCUCCUCACAGCUUCAUUUUUCCACCUACUGUGAAGGAAAUACCUGAAGCUAGAUUCACUAAAGCUGUGUAGUCUAGAGAUGUGAUGCCUGUCAACUUAUUUCCUCCCAGAACUUGUAUCCAUCUCAUUUUUCCUUGUCCUUGUCUGUCAUAGCUUGAGACAGGCCUUUCUCUAAUAUUUCAUUUUAUCUAGAACACUUGAUAUAAAUCAGGGCACCUCAAAAUUGGAAAGAUAAUAGCAUAAAUAUUAAAAAAAGAAAAAGGAAAAAAGAGAACCAUAGUAGAUGUCUUAGGGGUUAAGAAUUAAACUUGAAAACUUACUAUAUUUAGAUGACCUCAUCUUGGUUCUGGAUGUAGAAGGAGGCUGUUGAUGACACAUGCCUGUCAAGCCCCAUUCCCCCUCCAGAACUGAAAGUGGAAAAUUAGUAAUUUCUAGGUAUAUUUGAAUUGUAGAAAACCUGCUAACAUAACCCUAAUUUUACUUUGCUUAAAUAGUCCAGAUUAACUCUUUACAGUGAUUGAACUUACUGAAUAUUUGCUAAAUAUUUACUUCAGUUUACAGCUGAAAACAUAUCUUUAGGAAAUGACAUGAAAGAGUUGUAUCUCUUCUUUGUUAGUGAAUAAUCACUUGCUUCUAAAGAUAGCAAUGAAAAAUCAACAGUAAUUGCUUCUAGAUGUGGUGUCAUUCAGAAUGUGUAGACAAGUUGAGUUGUCUAAUAUGUUUUUAGACACAGCUCAAAUUAAUUAGGUAAUUGAAAAUCUAUACUUGCCUUGUAAACAGAACUUAAAAUUCAAGGCAUAUUCUCAUCUAUGAUAUUGUACCACUAUUUGACUAUGUGUACUGCUCAAGAACUGUAGCAUUCCUCUUCCCAUUCAAAGGAUAUACAUUCUAAUCCUUUUAAGUGAUGUUUUCAUUAACUAAAUAGCACUUUUCAGGCAGUUUUUGUUCAUUACUGUAGAAUUGGCCUUGUAGCUGUUAUUCAUCAGUUAGUUUCCCUAUUCAUUGUUCUAUGCUACCUUAUAAUUAUUAGUUAAUGUAAGGGAUGAGUAUUCUAAAAGUUGACCACCAGAAAUUCUUGUGUUUUCAGUGAAUCAUUCAUUAUAAUUAGCUAGCAUCAGGAAUUCUGGGGAAAUAACUGAUUAGAGAAUCAUUUAGAAUGACCUAUCUAAAUAUGUGAUAUUUAUGUAGAUCACUAGUAUUUUCCCUGAUUAUAUAUACUUAAUCAGAUCCAAUAUUUUCCUCUGCUUUUUAUUCAUUCAGUUUUCCAGUAAUCACAGAGAAUAUAACUAGUUGCACUUCAAAAAUCUCACUUAAAAAAAAUUAAAAAUAGCCACCAUGUUUUUUACAGCUUUCUGAACCAAUUUGCGAGAAAUCCUUCAAAGAAUUUGGCAGUAAAGGUGACAACUCUCCUUUUACUGAGCUAACUCUUCCUUUUAAAGAUAAAAAAAAAAUUAAACUAUUUUUGGAAUGCUUUAGGAUAAAUAACCAAAUAAUAUGAAUUUGUAUUUGUACUUGAAAAUUAUACAUUUUGAGUUAAUUUGUAAGAGCGAUUACAUUUACUGUCCCGAUAGCACUGUCUCAUGGCUCUUAAUGCUGUGUCCCUGAUUGUUGGAAAAGUAAGUCAGUGCCAGUAGUACCUAAGACAGAAAUGUUCACCCUUCUUACCGUAUAUUAAGUAUUGCUCUCCCUUCCCAUGGCUGUCUGUGCUUCACUUGUCCUCUAUUUCUCCUUCCCUCUGUCACUUCGGUCUGGGUCACUGCUCUUGAUGGUUCCCUCUGUGUCUGUAUUCUGACCUCUGACUCUCUGUCUCUCAUCUGGCUUAGUCUCUGUGUCUGAUUCUUUCCUUACAGUUUUUGGCUUCUGUGUCUUCAGUCCCCCCACCUAGACUCUCUGUCUGCAGCCUGUGGCAUCACAUCUCCCCCAGCCCACCGUCUCUGCCCGCCCCUCCCUGCCUGACCUGUGUGGUUUGCCUGGGUCCACGGCCCGUCACUCCUCUUUGUGCACUUUGUGCCUCCCUCAAGCCACAAGGUCUCUGCCCUUAGCCACACAUUCUGUGUCUGCUUCCAUCUGCACCCACCCUGCCCGCUCUGUGUGUCUUGUCAGAGACGGACAUCAAGUCACCAGUGACAAAUCUGCUGACAAAAUUACCCGGAACACAGAACUCUUCAGAAAAACUGUAUUGCUUUCUAAAAGUGAUCAGAAACAUCUAAAAUAUAAAUUCAUUAGUACCAAGGUGAAAAUUCAAAGUGAACAUUAGGUACCAUAGGCAGGCCAGAUAUUUUCAGUGUAUAAAAUACCAAGAUGUUCUAAGUUCGUUAUCAGUACUUUAAAAGAAGUCAUAGUAUUUUUUUAAGUUUUUGUUUCAUCAUAUUUUUUAAAAGAUAGCCCUUUUUUAGAGGAAAAUAGUUCUAUUUAAUGAUAAAUUUUGAGAGAUAAUUUGAUGAGUGAGUUUAGUUUUUAGGUACUAGAAUUGAUUUAACAGAUACAUGAUGUCUAAAUAUUCCUUGAGAAUUGGUAUGGAAUUUCUGUCCAUAUUGUUUAUUAAUAUCCUUUCACUCAUACGGAUCUCACCCCAAGUAUUCAAUAUGUUAUGCCAAUAAAUAAAGAAAUUUUAUGCCAGCUAGUGUAUAGAUAUUUUGAAUAAUCUCAUGACACACACAAUCCUUGACAGAAUUCAGUUGUAUUACAUAAUUUCUUAAUUUCUAAAAUACUUAGAAGUUACUUGUUGAAAAUUUGGGCAAAGAAACAUAAACAUCAUUUUAAGCUUUGUAUAGCAAAGAUCUCUAUAUAUGAGACUCUUGUAAGAGACCUUAAAUUAAAAAUUGCUAAUAGUCGACUAAAUUCAGUAUUGGCUUAGAGAUUCUUCUAGUUUUAGCAAAUACUUGAGGUAUGUUUAGAAAGCAAAUAUGAAUUAUUUCAGAUUUUUACUUUUAUUUCCUUUUAGUAAAUUGCCUUCAAAAAAUUUUAGUGUUUCUUCCCAUUUUAAUUUAUGUGGCAAAGUAGCCAUACCUUUCCUGCUUAGUUUCCACAAGGAAAAUGAUUAAGCUUUGAAAAAGAGAUGGUUGACUUAAGGCCACAAAUACAAGUGAUUAAAUAUAACCAAUAUUUGGGGCACCUGGGUGGCUCAGUCAGGUAAGCAUCUGACUUCAGCUCAGGGCAUGAUCUCACGGUUCAUGGGUUGGAGCCCCAUGUUGGGCUGUGCGCUGACAACUCAGAACCUGGAGCCUGCUUUGGAUUCUGUAUCUCCCUCUCUCUCUGCCCCUCCUCUGUGCUCUGUCUCCCUCUGUCUCUCAAAACUAAAUAAACUUUAAAAAAAAAUUUAAAAAUAAACAUAACCAAUAUUUGAGAAACAUUAGUGAGAAAUGGUGGGAAAGCUACUUGUGGAAUUAGAUGAUAUGCAGUUUGAAUUUUAUAGUGAAAGUACAGUCUUCUAUAACCAUUGUAGUUCCAAUUUUUGCAGCACCAAUAUGGAAGAACAGUCUCUCAGAGUUACUUCGUUUUGCUUUUCUUCAGAAAUAACAUCAAGCAUAUAAAAUCAACAUAUGUGGCAAAGCCCAAAUUUCAGAAAACCCAAAUUUAGUUAUUUUUACCAAUUAAUAAUUUCUAAUUAAUUAGUUUCCCCUAAGAUUAGAGUCUAACUUCCUGUCUUUCCACAAACUUGAGUUAUUCUUGGUUGUUUUGAGGCAAGAAACUAACUGUAAAUAUUUGUUCCUUAAUUCCAUAAAGAUUUAUUGAGCACUUAAUAUGUACUAGGCACUAGUCUAGACUAACAGUGUAAAGAUUGAUAGAUGUGCCUCUUGCCCCUCAAGGAGUUUGUGGUCUCCUAGCAAAAAGUCUUCUGUUUAUUGCAAAGAUUCUCUUUGUUCCUAAAUAGAGAGCGUUCAUUGAAAUAUAUGGAGUGGGGAGGAAAGUUAAGGACAUAUGGUAAACUCCUUCAGGACCCAAGAGUAAUUCUUAGUUCCCUGACAUCCUCCUUUAUUGACUGGUACCCCACUGCCACGUAAGAGUUAGCGCAUCUUCUGAAACUGUCCACCUUCCUUCCAUGCUAUUGUGAGAUCCUGACUUUUUACUUCAGAUACCUGUUUCAAAUGAAUAUAUUACUUGUCAUUUCAAACUCUUUAAUGGUAGUAAGUCACCACUUAUGAGUAAAAGCUUUGGAUUUGUCAUGACUGUGGGUAGUUUGUAUUCUCCCAAAUAUGUAGGAGAAUUAAUUGUAUAAUAUGAUCAGAUGAAGAUUUAUAAUCACACUGCCUAUUAAAUAGGGAUAACACUAGUACCAUCGCAUCGGGUUAUGGUCAGAAUUAAGUGAAACCAUCCAUAUAGGACUGUUAAAAUUCCUGGCAUAUAGUUGAGGCUCAGUAAAUGUAAUCAUUCUUCACUUUACAUGGUCCCAAAUACCCAAAUUUCAGUUACCAUAGUUUAGUUAAAUAACGCGAAAUUCCCCCCCCACACACACACACAAAAAAAAAACCAAGGUUCACAUUUCAGUUACCCCAAUGUAUUAACUGGGAAUGAUUGCAUUCAGUACAAAUCUCUAUGUAAAUAACAGAAGCACAUCGUGAUCAGCAGCCAGUCACAUCACUUCUUUCUAAUUUUUCACUGGCCACUGUAUAUCUGUUAUUCAGUUUAUGCACAGAUAGCACUAUCUUCCAUUUUAUAAAAAUAGAUGACCAAAAGAGACCUGGCCAACAAAGAUGAAAGUGCAGCAAAGAAAUGGAAUGCAGGAAGUAAAAUUGUAAAGUGUUUGUGACGAAAAAGAUGAAGAUGUCCCAGAGAGAGUGACGCUAGCAAAAAACACUCCACAUGAAAUGAAUGCUGAGAGGUAUUUCACGACAUUGGAAGUGCGAAGGAUAAAAUGCUGGAAGCUGAUCCAAACUUAGGAGUAUGAAAAUUAGCCAAGGCAUAGAAAAGAUUUGCUUGAACUCUAUCAUAAGUUCUAUGAGGAGAAGGCAAGCACUGUUCAAACAACUUUGGUAAGGUUUUUACCAAGAAAUAGAACAUUUUCAUUCUCAGUGUUUCUAAUGUUUUAAAUUCUUUUUAACAUUUAUUUAUUUUUGAGAGAGCGAGACAGAGCACAAGUAGAGGAGGGGACACAGAAUCCAAAGCAGGCUCCAUGCUCUGCACUGUCAGCACAGAGCCUGAUGUGGGGCCCUAACUCACAUACCGCAAGAUCAUGACCUAAGCUGAGGUCAGACGCUUAACUGACUGAGCCACCCAGGUGCCUCUGUUUCUAAUGCUUUAAAUUACAGUGUACUAAAUACAGUUGUUUUUACCAUUUUUUUUAAUUCCCCUACUUGCUUUUUGCUGGCCACAGGUGGAUUUUUAUGUUUUGACAAAAAAAAAAAAAUUUUUAAGGUCAUGGAACAACCAUAGUUUUUCCCGUUGAUUGUCAUGAUAACGGUGCAUGGUUUCAACUUACAUGGUCAUUUUUUAUAGUCAUUUUAUACUGUGCAGAGCAAGGACUUCCUAUAGUUAUUAUUAUUAGAAAUUGUUUUAUCCAGCAAGUCAAGUUCUACAGUUUUAGAGAAAUUGUUCAGUUUUUUUCAAUAUUGAGAAUUUAAAAAUUUCUGUCAUUUCUCUCCUGCUUGCAUCUUUGUGUUUUCUAGACUAAGUCCUGAUUCCAGUCAUGUCUUUUCACAGCGUUAACUCUUAGAGCCUCCCCAUGCAUCUUCUCUUGAAAUACAGUAUUUAUCCUCAGUUUGCCUGUUCUUUAGUAUUCAACCUCAUUUCUUCAUUGUCCUUAAUCUACUAAAAUUCCACGCUGACCCUUUUCCCUUUCAUUCUUCUUGCUAAUGUCCUGUUCUUCCACACUCCCUGAAAGACGCUUGGUUCUUUAAUAAAUUGUUUUUCUUUCAGAAUGACACCUGCCCUAGAACAUAUCCCUGUGAGAAACUUCUUUAAAUUCAUUGGUUUCUUCCUUAUGUUUCAUCUACAUUCCUGUCAAUCAUAGAAGACAAAUGUCUUUCUUGAAUUUAAAUUAUUACAAGAAAUUCUGUGUAAGCAAAAUGUAAAAUUCUAGCUGGAAGUUAACCAAGUUAACACUUGGAAAUGAUGCCAUGAUUGGCAACAAAAUAAAAAUUAAAAAUAAAUGCUGUGCAUUUUCACUAUAUACCUUUUUAUACUUCUGGAGCCAUGUGAAUGUAGAGUUGGACAUUCCAAAAAACCGUUAAAUUUUCAUUAAAUACAUAAUGAUAAUUGAAAUCUUGCUUCCAGUUCUCCAUUCACACAUAACUGCUUUGACAUAAUUGCUUCCUAGAGUUCUGAGGCUUUCAGAAGAUGAAACCUUCAUCUGCCUGAUGUUAUGUGCACACACCUAGAAUGGAGAACAGGCUACUGAGAGCUGCAGUGAACUCUAGAGAAAUAAAUGUGGGUUUGGGCAUGAUUGUUCUGCUCAGAAGAGACGUUGAUAGCCUGGUUGGUUCUCUUUAAGACCUUUGGAAUCAUAGUGAGAUGACUUUGAGGAGGAUUCAGGUAAUAACUUGACUUACUACCUCACUGUCUGAAACCAGGGACUUUGUCAGGUUUAAAAUGCUAAAAGGAGUUUUUAAUUUAUAUAUUUAGAUAGAGUUACUGUGUUGGAACUUAAAAUUUUAAGUCUGGUACUACCUCUUUUCCGUGGUCGUUAUUGCAUUUCAUGUUACUGAACAUAAGUGUUCAUUUUUCCAGAAAAGAUAUAAGUGUCUCUGUUAGGUCUGCUUUAGUUCAUAGUUUCCUAAGGAGAUUCCAGGGAAAUUCAGAGACACCAAAUAUUGCGAUGGUAAUGGCACCAAGAUCAAUUAAUUUGGAAUUUCUUUAACAAAGAAAAAAAAAUACAGUGCCUAAAAGAAUUAUCUCCUAUAAACAGAAAUUCUCCUCUACUUCUCAUUUACUUCUCUGAGGCCAUGUCACCUCCUGAAUUACUGGUUUCAUUGGUCAUAAGUUGUCAUUUCUGUUAGGUGUAUUUUACUACUCAAUAUAAUGGAAUAUUUUUCAUUAAACAAGUUGUGUGUCUCUUGCUCUACAGUGUAAGGAGAGUACAAAUUUGAAUGCAGAAGAACAGUGACUAGACUAAUCAAUGCAAGAACAUCCUUAAAGCUUUUCUUGUGUAACAAGGGCAAACUCAGCUAAAAAGUUUGUUUAAAUCCCACUUGACAUAACAAGAACCUUUACACUUUAUCUAUCUGUGACUAUCUGUGAAUAUACCUGACUCAUCACCAGAGUGCCUUUCAACUCAGCCCUGCUCAGCUCAGUUGCUCUUCCUGCCUUAUAUAGAUAGACAUUUAAAAUUCUUUGAGGCUUCUGGUGAAGGCUGUAGAGUUUUUAUAUUUAAUAUUAUUUUAUAGCACAGGAAGUUCAUAGUUCAUGAACACUGCAGCUCUACAAAAUAUAAUGGAAGGAUUUUUCCCCAUAUACGCAAAACCACUUUGUAGCCUCUGGCUAUGUGGUUGUUUUACAUCUGUGUCAUGAACUUUUACUUCUAAGCAGCAAUUAUAUCACAGCAGAGUCAUUUUUUUU